GAUGAUGAAGUCCCGCCUCUCCCUCCGGGAGGGGCUCGCUGCUGCAGCAGAGCAUCAACAGCAGCAGCAUCCGGUCCUCCUGCGCACACAGACUACUACAUCAGAGUACUGCAGAGUAAUAUUAGAGUACUACAACAGAUUACUUCUUCAGCACACCGUAAAACGAGGAACGGAGCGCGAACAGGUGAGUGUGCAUGCAGGUGUGACAGGUGGAAGCAGUCUAGUCUCCGCUCUGCUUUAUUGUGUGUGUGUGUGUGUGUGUGUGUGUGUGUGUGUGUGUGUGUGUGUGUGUGUGUGUGUGUGUGUGUGUGUGUGUAAGUAAUGAGGGGCGUUUUCUUUGAGUUUAAGCUCUUUCCAGUUUUCAGAUUGAUUCAGCAGAAAGUCAUCGAUUUAAGCCUUCCUGAUUAUUAACCAAUCAGAGGAGAUCUCGUGUAGCGUCACAGACUAAUUCCUCUGAGUACAUUAAACUAUUAUCUCGGAGUUAUUUACCAAUAGCUUUAGCAAAUAAAUAUGUUUCUUUGCAGAUGAAAAUGUUUGAAAAUUUUGUGAAAAUUUAUUGUAAAUAUUUCUCUCAUGAACGAUGAAUCAGCUGUUAUGAACGUAAUAAAACAAAUAUUAAGGAUGAAACCUCAGCAAGAAGAUGGAUGGAUUCUCUUUCUGUUGUUUGUUUUGCUCAGCUCCGUUAAAGUUAAAACUCAUUUAUUAUUCAAGUCUUCUUCCUGUUUGAUUCACUCUCUCUCUCUGAUGAUGGAGGGUGACUUUCAGUCUUUUUGGCUUUAAACCAAACUUCAGCAGAAAGAGACUUUUAAAGGUAUUUUGAUUUAAUAAUGUUGAAAACUGCCUUUGCCUUCUUGUAAAACCCCAAAAUGACAAACAAUUUGCUAUCCUUUUACUAUUAUACAAAGCUGUUAAACAUUGUAGAACCCAUCAUUACAUAGCCCAGCAUUCUAGAACUCAGCAUUCUGGAACCCCACAUUUAAGAACUAGUGAUUCCAGAACCCAACAUUCUUAAUCUCUACGUUAUGGAUUCCAACAUUUCAGAACCUACAAUCUAAUUACUCAACAUUUUAGAACCUCACAUUGAAGAACCAGUGAUUCCAGAACACAACAUUCUCAAUCCCUACAUCAUAGAUUCCGACAUCUCAGAACCUACAAUCCAAUUACUCAACAUUCUAGAAUCCUGUGUGCCAGAAACACAACACUCUAGAACCCAGCAUCUUUGAAACCAAUAUUCCACAGCCCAGCAUCCAAGAAGCCAAUAAUCUUCAACCCAACAUUCAUCAUUUAGCAAGUAUUUUACAGGCUGUGUUUGCCACUCUUAUCACUUUUCCUUCCCAUUUGACAUCCAGGUGUCUGUACCAUGCUAUCAUGUUGAAAGACAAUGUCUUGUAAAACAUUUCAAGAAUUAUUUCAAGGCUCACCCCCAAAUCCUUUAAUUUCCCGAGUAGGUGUAUCCUCUGCAUGGCUGUGUUUUUCUAUAAAUGUGAUGUAACUAUCAAUUUAAGUUCCUAAAUAUUUCAAACAUCCAACUGUUUCUACCAGCUGUCCCAUGAUGUCCCAUGUUUAUUUCCAAAACUCUUGUUUACACCACAUAGGAGGGAAGUUACAUGAUUAAAAAACUUGAAGGCGUCAAGACGAUGUUUAGCGCUUAGAUAGAGUUUCUUUAUUUUACAUCGAAGAAUUUUUAUAUCCAAAUCUGGAGACUAAAGAGUUAUAAUCACUAUGAAAUUUAAUUAAAAAACAACAACAGAAACACUGCAAAGAUUUGUAGAGAGAUUUAUUUUGAUGAUAAUCACUCUCCAUGUAAAAGCUGAACUGGAAUGAAACCAGUCAGUGAUGAUGGGAGUCUCUGAUCCCAGUCUGAUCCCAGUCUAAUCCCAGGCUGGUAUUUUGGAGAAGCUCCAGACUCAUAGAAAGUUGGGUCAGCAGUCCUGAGCCCUCUAAUGGUCCCCUGUAUAGACUGUCAGGCCAUCAGACCAUCAGGAUGUACAUCAAUAUUCACUCCAAGGAUUCGUCUACACAGUAUGGAUUUCUCCCACAGCCUAAUGCAGCAUUAAGAUAUACACCAGUCUCUGUACAGAUCUGAUACCACAGCCAACAUGGUCUGUUUACAGUCUACAGUUUUAAUAUUGCGUUAUUUGUAUUCUGGCUGAUUGAGUUCAAUGUAUUUGGUUCCUCAUAUUUUGUCUCCUGGGGUCUCUGGUUUCUGGGAAUUUGGUACAAUGUUUUGGUUCAUUUGUUCUUAGUAUGUGGUUCUUUUCAAUUUUGGUUCCUUGUGUUUUUGGUUUCUUUUGUUUUGCUCCUGAUGUUUUGGCCAUUAGUUUUGCUUGUGUAGUUCUAGUUUGAUACAUUUUGGUUCCUGAUGUUUUGGUGUCUUCUUACCUAGGUUAGUUGUGUUUUUGGUUCUCAAUGUUUGGUUCCUUGUACCAUCAGUUUCUUGUAUUAUGAUGUUUGAGUUCCUGAUGUUAAGGUUCUCUAAGGUUAUUUUAUUGGUCACUGAUGUCUCUGUUCCUUCUAUUUUGAUUACCUGUAAUUUUGGUGCCUUGUUUUUUUGUAUUUCGACUUUUUCCUACUUUAAUUUUGUUUUGCUUGGUUUUGGCAGCUGAUACUUUGUUUUUUUGUAUUUUUGGUUCCUGGUGUUUUGGUACUUUUUUAUUUGUCCCUGAUGUAUUGGUUUCUUGUGUUUUUGGAUACCUAAUGUUAUGAUACUUGUGUUUUUCCUUAUUUUCAUUUUUAUGUUUAUUGCUGUAUGUUAUUUUUUUCAUUGCCGUAUUGGUUCUUGCUUUUUCUCCUUGAUAUUGUUUAGAUCUAGAUCAUUUGGUUCCUGAUGUUGUUGGUCCUUGAGGUUUUUUGGUUCCUGAGUUGUUUUGGUUUGAGAUUCUGUUGUGGUUCUUGAUGUGAAUAGUUCAAGAUGUUCUGGGCUCCUGAUAUUUUGGUCCCUGAUGUUUUAUCAUCACUGGAAUUUUUGUUGUUGUUCUUUUGGUUCCUGGUAAUUAUUUUUCACAAAGUUUUAGGCUCCUGAUUCUUUGGUUUCUCAUUGUGGCACAGGAUGUUUGGGGGCGUGUCUGUGCAGAUCCAGAAGGAACGGCUCAAGGCUGAGGGUCUGGGCUCAAACCAGCAGGCUGUUAGAUAUCUGAACCAAGACUAUGGGGCGCUAAAGGAGGAUUGUCUGCAGAACCAGACCCUGUUUGAGGACCCCAUGUUCCCUGCAGAACCUACCUCUCUGGGCUUCAAGGAACUUGCUCCAUUUACCGCCAAGACCAGAGGGGUGGAAUGGAAAAGACCGAUGGUAAGAACUGCCAUGGGACAGGACUAAAGCUAUUUUAAAAGACUGAGGCUAAAGCUAGCAUGGGGCAUUUCUUGGACUUAAGGACAUGGGGGGCUAAACGUGGACCCCCCCAUCCCAGCUCACUGAAAGAAGAUGAAGUCACAGAGCAUGAAUAUGUCCAUAUUAGCCACAAAAAGACUGCUUGACUUGUAGUGAGGAUCAUUCUUCUUUACAUAGAGAGAGAUGGAUGGAGGUUGGAAUUAGAACACUUGAAUUAAAAAGUUCCACAAGUAACAUUAACUUUAUAACAGUAAUUAUGGGAUUACAGGAUGUCUUCAGCAGUGAUCCAGAGGAACUUACAGUGUGAUUGAGCUCAGAGACUCCUAGAAAACCCUGUGAAUUAGUAACUCUAAUGGGGCAUGGUGAUUCAAAGUUAAUAUUCAUUAGUUAACUAUCAAUAGUUGAUACAGACAGAAAGAGGAUGGAGAAGGAGGUAAAGGUGCUCAAUGUGCCAGUACCCCUGGAGGUGGAAACCUAUAGCAGCAUAAUUAAGAGCUGGUUCAGGCCUGAACCUAUUAUUAUGUCAUUUUUAACCAUAGGUUGCGUAUACUUUGGACAACUUGAACUUUCCUUGAAAUGGAGCUGUACAGAAAAAAAGAAGACUUGUCUGCAGGAGGCGGGAUUUAUGACCUAUACACUGCAGCCCGUCACCAGAGUGUGCUGUUCUCGGGGUGGCUUCACCCAGCAAGGAGACAGACGGCGUCCAUUCUAGUCUAUGUUUUUAACCAAUUAGAUAUCUCCCAUGAUCCCUCACAGGUUCAUUCAUCAUUAAUUACACCCUGUUACUCUGGCAGGAUGAGGAUGAGGCUGACAUCUGACACAAUCAGGUCUCACUGACUGUAUCUCAGCAGGCUACUGUGAUUUAUCAUGUGAUAUACUGUAAUCUACUGUGAUGUGAAACAGAUGCUCAUUUCUGAUUGGCUGUUCCAGGAGCUGACAGAGAACCCCCAGUUCAUUGUUGGCGGAGCCACAAGGACAGACAUCUGUCAGGGAGUGUUGGGUGAGUCCUCUGGGUGGUCAUGUGACCUCACGCUUAGUUUAUGUUAGUAACAGGAUGACUAAGUUGGGACUUCCCUACUUACAGUCACCAUGGAGACCUGUGAAUGUGCACAUCAGAAACUAAACAGAGUGAGUAAAACAGGAGAGACAGAGGACUCUUAACAUCUAAAACUGUCUAAAAUCAAUUUAAACAACAUGAGAAAGCAACUAAACAACACCUGGAAACUCCUUGAAAGUCCUGGAAACACAGGUUGAGGAAACAGAUAGCAUGUGGUGGCUCUUACAUAAUCGUGCCUCAGCCUGUUAGAUUAAUAGUUGACAUCAGACCUUGUUGUAUCUGCUGGGUGAUUAACCACAGCUUCCUGUUUACCUGUUUCUAUUGGCUGAUUUGACCAAAACAGCUGAAUUUCUAUCAACUCUUUGAGGUUUCUGUUAGUCGGACAGUCUGAAAGAGCUCUGGAGAGACUAAACCCAGGGCAGCAUGCUCCAGAGGACCACACUCAGACCAAGGUUGGUGGUGUUCAGGGUCCUGUCCUCUCUGUCAGAAAAACUACUACUGUAAAUUCAUAGGAGGAAACAGCUCCUGCUGUUUGAUAAGCAACCCUGGAUCAGCUGCUGCCUGAUGACUGACAGACCACAGCUCCCAGCAUGCAUUGGGGAAGACUCUUGCAGUCUGAGUGGGAUGUUUCAGCUCUAACAAUCACACACACAGCAGCAGGGUGGAGUCCUCCCUCUUUCUGUGUAACUCUCUAAACAGGACUACACAGGAAUGAUCAGUAUGCCCUCCCUCUCUUAGUGACCAAAGCCCAAAGUCUUUCCUGCAGCUUUAGCAUCACUUGGUGGAUAAAUGGUACCAUUACAUGCAGAUCAAAACCUUCAAAAUGUUCAGAGUUUAAUCUUACCCUGUCUUUAUACUAAAAAGAUUACGGUUUUGAUGAAUCAUCUUGGGAUAAAACUUUUGUUUAUAUACAAAGAUAAAUUAAUUUGUUGAUAUGAUAGAAAGAUCCAUUAUCAGCCACCUCAAAAUUCAAUACUUUGUGUGGGUAUGAUCAGUGAAAUGUAGAAUAAAACUGUGAUACUUUAGCAUUUUUUUCUGUUGACCCAACUUUGAAUGUAGUGAAAUGUUUUGAUGCACUGCCUUGGGCUCUUUCUGGAGAUAUGAGUGUGUAAACAUCCCCACAGAAAGUGAUAUCACGCUGAGUAAAACAUUAGUGGUUUAGCAUUAGGAGUAGUGAUAAGUCUGAGUGGUGCCUGAAGGCAGCACUCUGCUUUUACUCCUCUCCUCUGUGAUGAUGUUUAUUGAUCAGAGAGUGGAGAACUGAUGCACCACACUCCAUUAGCAGCUAAAAGUGAGCUAACAGCUAAUCUUGUUGAUGUUAGCAGCUAGCUUAGCAUAAGCAUGUCCCUGCAGACCAUCAGAGAGGAAUGAAGUCAGCUGAUGGUCACUAUAAGGAGCUGCUGCUGCACUAAUGCUUCCUGUUACUCCAUUAAACAGAGGCAACAUUUAAAAAGCUGACAGAGCUGACAGAAACCCUGGAUUUGCGGUUCAUAUCUGCCAAAGUCUGAAGUUGUAUGUGCUCACCAGCCUCUGAUUUAUCUGCAUGCAUGAAAACAACAAACACCCCUAGAGCUUCUAAUUGUUCUAAGAGCUCUCUGCCCUUCCACCAGCAUAUGUGGAAUGCCAGUGUGAUCUACAGUUGAGACGAAGCGCUAGUAGUUAGUGUUCACAGGGUGACCUCUUUUACCUGGAUAUGUCCUCUUUUUGGGGGCUGGGGGAGUUUAUAAAAUCCUUCAAAUGUCCAGUGUGUUGUAUGGAAGUUUUGAGUUUGUGUAGCGACCCGAAAAACCCUCAAAAUUUUGCACGGGACUACACCCUGCAUAGUAGUGUCUUCUUUUUGGGGAUUCAGAAUAUGGUCACCCCACCUGUUCAUCAGAGAAAUCCUCAGGUCCUCAAGUCAGGUCAUCAAACUGGGACCAGAUUAACCUUAGGAAGCUGAAGGCAGGUUCAUACAGACACAGUUCAUUGGGUGGGUAAACCAGGCUGUUGGGCUUCCAGGUGUUCAGUGCUGACUGUCUGCUUCCCUGUGGUCAUGUUCCAGGUGACUGCUGGCUGCUUGCUGCGAUUGGCUCUCUGACUCUGAAUGAGCGUCUGCUGCACCGUGUUGUUCCUCACGGCCAGAGCUUCAACCGGGAAUACGCCGGAAUCUUUCACUUUCAGGUGAGACUCUAUCUGCUCUGGCACCAAGCCCACUCACCUGACCGUGAUUUAGUUAAAUCAAACCUUCCCGUUUCCAGACAACAGUGUUCAUUAUGUUCACUACAAAGUCAGCUGAUCACCUGUGUUCAACAUGCUUGGUUCUGAUUGGCUCAUGCUCAGUCAGCAUCCUUAUCUUCAGGUUUUCAGACACACUGAUGUUUUUUGUACAGACAUGUUGCAGUGGCGGACUGACUUGUUAAAGUGGAGACUCUGUCUGUCUCUGUCUCUGUCUGUAGUUUUGGCAGUUUGGUGAGUGGGUGGACGUGGUGAUCGAUGACCGUUUGCCCGUUAAAGAUGGAGAGCUGAUGUUUGUCCACUCAGCUGAAGGCAGCGAGUUCUGGAGCGCUCUGCUGGAGAAGGCCUAUGCCAAGUAAGAGAGACCUGAAGAGAACUCAAACCAGCACACUCUGUAAUAACAGAUUUCUACUUUGAAGUCUUAAAUCAUGCAGAAAAGAGACAUAAAUGGUAUGAAGCCAGCAUGGGUUAAAAUCUAAGUUUCUGUGCUGAUCAGAAGUUGGUGGAUGCUUUUUUACUGUGUGCAUUUUGUGUGUCUUUGUGUGUUCAUUCUGUGUGUUUUUGCCUGCAGGCUGAAUGGCUCAUACGAGGCUCUGUCCGGCGGCAGUACCACUGAGGGUUUUGAGGAUUUUACGGGCGGUGUGGCAGAGAUGUACGAGUUGAAGAAAGCCCCCAGAGACCUUCAUCGAAUCAUCAGCAAAGCUCUGGAGAGAGGAUCACUGCUGGGCUGCUCUAUAGAUGUCAGUGAUACACACACACACACACACACACACACACACACACACACACACACACACACACACACACACACACACUCACACACACAUACACACCCUUAGCCUUAUUGUGAUGGGAGCACCGGGUGCCUUUCAUUAGCGAAACAUAACAGGUGUACCCUGCAUGAGGGACUAGAGAUAGGCAGGAACUGAUUUAGUUGCUGUUUUAUGAACUGGUUCUAUAAUUAAUGUGGACUGCUACAGGAAGCCAGUGGAGAGAAAUGAACAACAGAAUGAUGUGCUGUUUUGGGACGGAUGAAAACCAGACAGGCUGCUGCAUUCUGGACUUUGCACUCAGGGAGGCCUGCCAGUUAGGAGUUGCAGAAGUCAAUGUGUGAUAUUACAGGAGCCUUUACCAGGAGCUGUAUGGUGUGCUCUGUCAGGUCGGGUCUGAUCCUCCUGAUGUUAUAGAGGGUUAAUCAGCAUGACCAAGCAACCAAGGUGACAUGAACCUUAAAGGUUAGUUGUUCACCAAUCAUGGCACCCAGGUUUAGGGCAGACUUUACGGGUAUAGGUUAAUUUCAUCCAAGCUGGAUCCUGAUCUGUGGUUGCAUGAAAAGACUGGCUGGAAUGAUAAGGAGCUCAGUUUUGGACAGGUUGAGCUGUAGGCGGUGGUUCUUCAUCCAUUUACAAAUAUAAUAGAGGAUAUAUUAGAGGCAUGAUGAACUUUGAACUGAGACAGUUGUGUCACGUGGAGAGAAUGAAGCAAAUCUGAGCUCAUGAUGGAAAAGUCUAAAAUACAAAGUAAUUUAAGGUUAUAAAAACGUUUAAAAAGUUCUGGUUCAGGAAAUGAUGAAUUCAGUGAACUGUGAACUGUAACUGUAUCAGAAACAGUGUCAGUCUGACUGUAGUCACUGUCUGUCUUCAGAUCACCAGUGCCUUUGACAUGGAGGCCGUCACCUUCAAGAAGCUGGUCAAAGGACAUGCCUACUCUGUGACAGGACUCAAACAGGUGAGUUCACCUGACACCUCCUCCUGAAACUCCUGACAAGGACUUUAUCUCUGUGAGGGACUCUGAAGGUGUGUCCUCUCUGCAGGUGGACUACCGUGGGCGUCGGGAGCGUCUUAUCCGGAUCAGGAACCCAUGGGGUCAGGUGGAGUGGACCGGCGCCUGGAGUGACAAGUCAGUGUUUAGUUUGAUCUGUUUGUAUCAGACACAUCUGCAGCUAAACACACUCAUGUCAGCUGUGUGUAUGUAUGUAUGUGUGUGUGUGUGUGUGCAUGUGUGCUUCAGCUCCUCAGAGUGGAAUGCCAUCGACUCUGCAGAAAAAGACGAGAUGCUGUGUAAGAUGGAGGACGGAGAGUUCUGGUAUGUAUCUAAAUGAAUAAGUGAAGGUUAUAGGCUGUAUAUGCUGCCUAUGGUGAAGGUCUGACAGCAGGAUCUUAGAGUCUGUUAUAAAUCCACAUGCAUCAAGUCCAAAUCACUGGGAGGAAAAAUGAAUAUCCUUCUAUAACCAGCAGAGGGUACUGGCUUACUGACUGUUUAAGGUCUGUCCUUUCUGUUACCAAACUCUGCUGAUGUUGUAAAAAGUCCAAUACACUGUCCUAUCACUGAAUGAUAUUUAAUACGAGUGUGUGUUUGUCUAUCAGAAGACACUUGGGUUAAGGCUGCUCACCUAACCGCAUUGUUCCUCCUGUUCUUUCAAAAUAAAGCACAGGUGUUUUCUGAAUUAAUGAUAAGGUAAGCUAGGUGUAAAACAGUAAAAAAUCCACCACUGGUGACAGUUCAGCUUGAGCUGAAGCUGCAUUAGUGAGUUAGUGAACCAGCAUCAGAAAUCUUAGUCUGAGUGGUGUGUAUCACUGCAUCUAGAAAAAUGAGCAUUCAGUCUACAGGACAGCUAAACGUGUUUGUGUGUGUGUGUGUUAUAAACAGGAUGUCCUUCCAGGAAUUCCUCCGUGAGUUCUCCAGGUUAGAGAUCUGUAAUCUGACCGCGGAUGCCCUCGCUCAGGACUCCACCUCUUUCUGGACCACUACCAUGUUUCAGGGUGGCUGGAGGAGAGGGAGCACAGCGGGGGGCUGCAGAAACCACCCUAGUGAGGAAGGGGGGUGGGGGGUUAUUUACUGCACUUUACUUUUCUCAAGUUUGACCCCUUGUUUGCGCGUCUGUCUUUGAACAUUUAUCAUCAUUCACAGAGUCACCUGCAGAUACUCUCAGCGUGUCUCUCUCAUUAUUACUCCAUGUCCCAUGAUGCUUUGCAGACACAUUCUGGAUCAACCCUCAGUACAAGAUCUGUCUGCUGGAGGAGGACGAUGACCCGGAAGAUGAUGAGGCUACCUGCAGCUUCCUGGUGGCUCUGAUGCAAAAAGACCGCCGCCGCUACCGAAAACACGGCCAGGACAUGCACACCAUCGGCUUCGCCAUCUAUGAGGUAAGAGAUCAAAGGUCACAAAAUUAUGUUGUCUCAGUGUUCUGGACUGACUCUUUUCCCUCUGUCUUUCUGUUCACAGAUCCCAGAGGAGGUGAGUCCCUCAGCUGUGGAAACAUAAACAAACAAGCAAACAAAGACCGAUAAAUCUUGAAAUGAAUCACUUUGUGUCCUCUGUGUGGCGCUCAGUACCACGGCUGUCCCAGUGUCCACAUGAAGAAGGACUUCUUCCUCCGUCACUCGUCCUGUGCUCGCUCAGAAUCUUUCAUCAACCUGCGAGAAGUGAGCACCAGGCUCCGCCUCCCACCAGGAGAGUAUCUGGUUGUCCCAUCGACUUUUGAACCCUCGAAGGAGGCUGACUUUGUCCUGAGAGUGUUUACCGAGAAACAGUCAGAGAGCACGUGAGUCAGUCAGCAAAAUGUUCAAUCAAGUUUUUGAUUUUACUUAUUAAGUUUUUAGACAGAGACAGAAACAGACAGAGACAGACAGACAGUAUCAGAAAAAUUAUACUGCAUCUGACUAGCAGCCAGCUGAGAAGAACAACGGAGAGUGUGGUCUUCAAAAUGCUUUACCUGCCAGGAGCCAGCAGCUUACAACAAAAGCAGCACCCUCUGACUGAGGAAUUCAGAUUUAUACACAUCCUUUAUGCUGUCAAUAAACAGACACCCCCACCAACUAACAUAUCAUCUCACAAGUGGCAUGACAUUACAACAGUAUCUAAAUAUGGUAAGGGUUGCAGCUGUGGUCUGUGAUGGGAGAGCAAAGAGAGCUUAGUUCAUCAUCAGGUUCCUGCUAAUAAGUCUAAUGUAACACUGCUGGGAAAACAACCUGUGAGUGAAAUUGUAGCAGUCAUUUAGUUGCAUGGAAAAGCAUCAGUCCCAACUCCAAGGCCACACUUCUGCUUUCUCAUGCUCAUUAAAAAGAAACAGAUAUAAUCCUGCAAGCAUUCACACCAAGUGAUUUUCAGUAAACGAUGAUUAACAUACAUAUAUAAUGAUAAAAUACACGUGAUAGCAUACACAUACAAUUUUUUUAGACAGAAACAGACAGAGACAGAGAGAGAGAGAUGGACAGACCGAGAGGUUUAUCCUAGAUUUAUACUCAGAUGUCAGAAAUGAUACAUCAUCUGUCUUAAGGUUAAAUAAGUUAUGUUUGUCUGUGUGCAGGGAGAUGGAUGAUGAAGUGGUGGCAAACCUUGAAGAAGAGGUAAAGAUGAAUUCCUCUUUAAACUUAUAUAUCAGUGUUAAACUUUUUUUUUGUCAAAUUUGAUAAACACUAUAAUAACACUUUUAUCAUUUUAAGAGGAGUCUAACUUCCUCUCCUUCCUGACAUGAAUCAUGAAGCAGCUUGAAACAAAAACACAGAUCAGUCUAAAGUAUAGAAAAUUAAUUGUCCUUUAAAGUGUUCAAAACAGUUUACAAUUAUUUUCAGAUCAUUUCAUUUCAUUUUAUUUUCCUGAUCUUUAACUUUGGUGUGAUAAUAAUUGUUUUAACAUUAAAAUUUUAUAACAGAUAAAUCACUGAAAGAGGAAAUGUUGAUGACAUUCAGCUGUAUAUGUAAACUUCAAUAAGUGACACUCUGAAAGCUUGGCAGCAAUGCAGGAGGGUUCCAAGAUGCUGGGCUCUAGAAACCUGGAUUCUAAAAUGCUGAAUUUUUAAAUGCCAGGUUCGAGAAUGAAAUUAAAGUUUCCUUUAGGAUCUGUCAAAAUGUUGUAAUCUAGAAUUCUUGUUUUGAAAACGCUGUGUUCUGAAAUUCAGGGUUUAGGAUUUUAAUGUGCUGUUCCACCACAUCAAAAUCUCAAAUGCUGGGUUCUAAAAUGCUUGGUCCAAGGGUCCUGGAUUCCACCAAGUUCAUCUGUUAGAUUUUUGAGCUCUUGAAUUCUAGGUUCUUGCUUGCUUGGUUUAAGAGUGUUGUACUUCUCGCAGAAGUCUGAGUUCUAGAUAUUGGUGUGUUCUAGAACCCCUUGGUAGGCAUGCUAGGUUUUGAAGGUUCUGAUUUGUGGAAUAUUGUGUUCUAGAAUUCUGAAUUCUGUAAACCCAGAUUCUAGAAAACGCCCUCAUCUAGAAUUUUGAAUUUUAAAAUGCCGGAUUCUAAAAACCAUGUUCUCAAAUGUUGAAAGCAUAAAUGCUGGACCCAAGAAUCCUCAGUUCUGGAAUAAUAUACCCUUAAACUACUGGGUUAUUUCUUCCUUGAUUCUGGGAUGCUUAGUUUCUCAAUCCUGUAUUUUACAAUCUUGGAUUCCAGAAUAUUAGCUCUGAAAUCUAAUGCUCCAGAAUAAGGGUCUUGAAAAUCUUGGCUUUGAAAUCUUGAGUUAUAACAUCCUGGGUCCUGGAAUGCUGGGGUUUGAGAAUAUUUGGAUCUAGAAUACUGGGUUCUAGAACACAAGGUUCUGAAAAGCUGGGUUCUAGAAUCUUGGGUUCUAUGAUGCUUGGUCUGCAGUUUUUCCACCCUCAUCUCUGGUUUUAUUCAAAUAUUUACUCAAAUAUUAAAUAUGAAUGAGGAUAUCCUGAUAUGUUUUUCUCUUCCUAUCUUUUAGUCAUUCGACAUUAUAGUCAUUAGAUUGACCUUUGACCUCUUCAUUCUUCUUCUAUGCAGGAGGAGAUUUCAGAGAGCGACGUGGAUGACUCAUUCAGGGCCAUGUUCACCCAGCUGUCUGGAGAUGUGAGUUCAUUGAGUUGAACAGAGAGGAAAAGUAAACUGAAUGUUUUUAAGAGUCAGUGAACUCAACAUGGUUAUUAGAGCUCAAUCAUGUUUCAUUAAUAAUCACAAAAAAACUAAAAGAGUCCAUUUUAGUUUAUAAAUCCUGAUAUUUGUCCUCCUCUAUGAUCAGGACAUGGAGAUCUCAGUCAGGGAGCUGAGGACCAUUUUGAACCGGGUCGUGUCCAAACGUGAGUCCUCCUGUUUCUCUUUAUUUACAUGAAACAUAAAAAACAACGCUGCAGAGAGCCAGUGACUGAUCAGGAGGUCUUCUUCUUCUUCUGUGGUGUUUAACAGAUAGAGACCUGCAGACUGACGGAUUCAGUACGGAGUCCUGCAGAGCCAUGAUAAGCCUCAUGGAUGUAUCCUCUCUCAUACUGGUUCCAAAGGUCUCUCUGUAGUGUCUGUUUGUCUUCUUCUCUGAUUUGAAUAAAAGCGCGUCCACCUUGACCUAAACUCAGAAAGAUGGCAGCGCUCGGCUUGGCCUGCUGGAGUUUCAGGUUCUCUGGAACAAGAUCAGAAAGUGGCUGGUAAGUCUGAAUCCUUUUAUUGUUUAUUUACCUAUCAUAGAAAUAUCUGCAGGGUUUGGAGAUUUUUUACUGAGCCAAGUCUCAAACAUGUAUGUGUAGGGAAUCUUCAGGGAGUUUGACCUGGAUAAAUCAGGCUGUAUGAGCUCCUAUGAGAUGCGUCUGGCCCUGGAGAAUGGAGGUAUUAGUGUUUCUGAUUAUAGUUUCUAAGUGUUGGUGUAUGAUGAUGAUAUUCAACAUUUAUAUAAUUAUAAUGGAUCAGACUGACCUGAGGUCUCUGUGCAGGCUUCAAACUCAACAACAGGCUGUAUCAGAUGCUGGUCGCUCGGUAUGCUGACAACGAGAUCAUCGACUUCGACAACUUCACCUGCUGCCUGGUCAAACUAGAGGUCAUGUUCAGUAAGUAUACUUCUCAAACGGAUCCUCACUCAUGUGUUUGUCAGUUUGGGCUGGUCAGUUCAGAGAACAGCUAUUUUGUAGUUAAAAAUACUCUUCCUCUUGAAUAAAAAGCAGUAAAGUUACUGAAACGUGUUCUCCUGUUUUUCUCUCAGAGACAUUUCAGGAUCUGGACAGAGACGGGUCAGGAAAAGCAGAGAUGAGCAUUGGAGAGGUAUGAAACGAUUUUACCCUUCAAACAAAGACGGAUGUUCAGGCUGGAUUAAUUAAAGGGAGACCUAUGAUGCUAAUUCCCACAUUUCUGUUCAAAUUUAGAGUCAGAGUAAACCUUGGGGAAACUCUGUAACUAGACAGAUGUUGACUCACUUCUUAGAUGUAUUUUUUGGGGUCUGAACAGCUCAUUUGUAAACCUUUGCAAGACAUGACCUCACCUCACAUCAGGGUUUGCAGACCAAUCAGGACACAGUGCUUAAGGACACGCCCACCAAGAAGCUCAUUUGAAUUUCCCACUCAUUAAUUUACAUUUAAUAUAAUUUACAGUAUUCUGCAUAAAAUAUCCCUCUGAGUAUUAUGCUUUGAUUCAACAGAAAGUUGUUACAAUGUGAUUUCUAAGAGUUCAGUCCAACAUUUAGUGUAGUUUGAGUAAAAGUACAUAUGUGUUGGUGUAAAAAUAUUCUUAAACAAAGUUAUCUUGGUGUUUUCAUGACAUUUUUUUUUCUGAGAAGUCAGCAGAAAAAAAAAAUACUCAAUUUGAAAGUCUAGCUUAGACAGAAUAAAAUCUCUGUAGAUGUUUACACUCACUUUGAGGGCUGUCAAACACUGUGUUUUAAAUUAAGCGAACUUUCUUCUCCUUCUUAUCCUCCUCAGUGGCUUCUUGUGACCAUGUGUGGUUGAAGAAUAGGAACAGAGGAAGAGGAAUGUGACCUUCAGUCAAAGUGCCUCCAACAGACCCUCAGCAGAACCCAAACCCAGCUACAGGCAGGAAUACAAGAAUACUGCAGGAAUACUGCACUGAUGCUGCAGUAACACUGUAAUGCUGUGCUCAUUAAACCAGUCUUCCUCAUCCUCAGAGUGAUGAAGGAUCACUGCUGUCAGAAACAAAGCAUAAAAUAAAAAUCAGAAAAUGCUUCUGGAUAAUAAAGGUUGAAUAUCUGACUCUGUAAAUCAGACCAGAAUCUAAAAUGAAUCAGUACUCAGAGUUUCCUCGAAUAAGGCCAAUUCAGUCUGAAUUUUGGAUUAAAGCGAAAACUUUAAGUUUGUUUCGUUUAAAUACGACUGAGAAUCAGAAAUACGUCCAAAGACUGAAUAAAACAGAGUAAUUCACCUUUAAAGGGUUAAUUUAGGCUGUUUGUUUCUGUCAGCACUGCAUCUUCAUAUAAGUACAGUACGACAUAUCCAUAGUACUGCAUCAAUACAACAGCAAUACUGCAUUAAUACUACAGUACUGCAGCACUAAUGCCUGAUGCACUGACACCUCCUCUGCUGCUCUAUUUAUCCAGCCUGUUGCAGAUAAAGGGCUCUACAGCCCCAACACAAUGGCCUCUAUAUCUACCCAUCUAUCUACUCUAUUUAUUUUUUAUUUAUUUAUUUUUUAUUAAUGAGACUGAGAUGCUCCCUGUCACACCUCCAACUGUCAGCCUGACCUUUACCCCCUAGGAGCUGAAGGACAGUGAAGGCACCAUCAGGUUGGGGCGUUCAGGGUCAGCUCAGUCAAAGUGACACCAAUGUAGCAUAAAUUCAGCCUCAUGUGACCAAAUAAAGAAACUGACAAAAGA